AGGAAAGAAGCUUUCAAGCCCACGCAACAUAAAGAGCGAAUGGAGUUUAACUUCACAAAUGCUUUUCUUUUUUUUGCUUUUCUAAUGUUUUUCUCCUUUUUUUCUAUUUCUAAGUAAAGUGCCUCGUUAUUGCAUUUACUACGAUGACGGACAGACGAUAACGUAAUCUAGUAAAUUUUCUUGAAAAAACAAAUUGGAAUCGUUUAUUCUGGUUUUGAUAACUUUUCGUGCCUGUGAAAAUGACAGAACCUCUACCGAUUCCUGGUGAGUACGGAGAAGCGGAAGAGAAUCCUCUCGGUCUGUACGAAGGCGAAAGAAAUGAACAAGGCGAUCGUCAUGGAUUCGGAAAAGCUUUAUUACCCAAUGGAGAUAUGUACAUUGGCCGAUAUUGCGAAGGACUAAGAAAUGGCAAAGGAAUCUACGUAUUUAAGAAUGGUGCUCGAUAUGACGGCGAAUGGAGGCAGGGACUUAAAUAUGGCCAAGGGACUUUUUGGUACCCCGAUGGAACACGAUACGAAGAUAAAGGACGAAAGAAAGAAAAUGAUAAAGAUCUAAAAGGAGAAUAUCGUUCAAUAGGCGACUGGAAGCGUGAUACUAAAUAUGGAUUUGGCGUGUAUUUUUACGAGAAUAAAGAUGUUUACGAGGGUUCCUGGAAAAAGAAUCUUCGUCAUGGUUUGGGAACGUAUCUUUACGCGGCAACCGGGACAAAAUUUAUGGGUACUUGGAUCAAAGAUCGUAUGCAAGGCCCCGGUCAGCUCAUUCACCCUCGUCAUCGAUAUCACGGCUUUUGGGAAUUGAAUUUGCCAUACGGACGUGGUUGUUUUACCUUCGAAAAUGCCUGUAUGCAACAUGGACAUUACGUGCACCUACGAGAUCCUAAUUACGAGCAAACCGAGGAGGAUAAAGUUGGGGAUCUUGAUACGACUAUGGAAGUAGAGGCAAGGACGGAUGAAGAAACAAUCGAAGAUAAACUUGCGGAAGAAACACCAUUCGAGCCCGUUCCAUUAAAGAAAGGUGUUCUACCUGUAUGGCGUGCACGUUGCAUCACUCCAUAUAAUUCUGAAUUAUUGCCACCGGAACCGGUACCUUUGCAGGAAGAGGUAUCGUUGCAAUCCUUGACAGACAAGUGUCCUGACGAGCCUUGGAUGGAACCAGAGGAAUAUUUAAAAUAUCAUUACGAUGAAGAAGAAGAGUAUGAAAAUGCAGAAGAUUUUCCAAUAAGGCCAUCCGAUUUGACUACUCAUCUAGAUGUAUAAAUAUGCAUUUGCUCUUCGAAAUAUAAGUAUUAAAAAUCUAUGGUAUCAUGACCAUAACUUUUCUUCUCUUCUUUUUCUUCGUUCGUAUUGUUAUUUUUAUUUAGUGUUUCUCGUUUGCCUUUUCUUUUUUUCAUUCGAUCUUACGGGCAAAUCCUUGAAUUAUUUAUAUUACGAAGUAGUGCUAUACUUGUAUGGCUUUUAACAUUUAGAAGUAUUUUGUAUGAUAUGAGCGAAGAAUAGUAAGAAAUAGAUUGAUUACGGCAAAGAUAAUAUUUAGUUUUCUUUUUUUUUCUUUUGUCAUUGUUUUUAUCAUAUUAUGUUUAUCAUAUGUUAUCAUAUUUCUCAUAUUAAUAUUAAUAUAAUAACAUAUUAGCAGCAUAAUAUAAUAAAU